GACCCAUGUAAUGCUCCCAUAUGUAGCGGUCUGGUUCCUUCUCAUAGCCCCCAGCACUGGAGGAUGGGUUAAAGUAGCUAACUUCUACUCACACCCUCGCUACGAUCAGAUUCUCACUCCUCUAGGGAAGACUGAGGAUGACUUGCUCGUCCUCGCAGUUGAUACGGAGGCAGAGCAAACAAGAAUUCCUAUAAAGAGUGCUCCGUACUAUGGACUUUCUGAAGAGUGGACUUAUAUAAACGAUACGAUGUACUUCGGCAGAGUCAGUGUCUUUACUCGCAAUUACGCCAACGAGGAUGUUGAGCACAAUGUUCUCAAAUUUCAAGGUAACAUGACGGUUCAAGCAGAAGACCACAGUGUAAUGUCUGUAGUGAGGAAUGACCAGGAAUUCUCUGGAUAUCUCUGUAACAUGGGCGAACGAGUUCAUGGAAAAAAGACAUUCGUUAACAUAUGCCUGCACAAUGUAACGGAUUACGGAAAUAUCGACCCUUCAGGGAUUAAAAUACUCGUAAAAGAGGCUGGCUGCUCAGACUGUACAAAAUAUAAAAUACGGCCCCAUAUCCGGGGAAGCAGUCUGGAGUUUGGAAUUCCUAACAGCGAGUCUAAAUCUCAGAAAUGGAACAUCACGAUAGAGUACUCUAGACACACUGUACUUUGCCAUUUCAUCAAGGAUUUAUCGCCAGAGAACCUCAAUUUCGUUAUCAUGAAGCAGAAUCUUACUGUCAGUUCAAUGUUCGAGUGCGUUUUCUUCUCUCAGCAGAUCGACACUAAAGUUAUGGAGAUGUGGACUCCAUUAGUUUUAGGACUGUCAGCAGUGGUUAUACUGGGCGUGGCUGCAGCUGUUUUCUACAAGAAAUGUAAUAGAGCCUGUCUCCGUCAGCUAAUGCCAACCCCGGACCAAGACACAGCAGCAGCCCCGUACCGUAGCUUCAACUCUUCCAACCACUGCGACAGCCCCAAACCGGGCCCCGCUGACAACAGCUAUAUCAAGAUGAAAACUAUAAACAGCUGCGGAAGUGAUACAAAUUCCGGGCCGGACUAUGAGCGGUAUAACUACAAGCAAGGGUCCAGCUACCCAGGACAGAACGGGUCCGGGAUUAGCAGGCACUCGGAACCGCAUUAUGAGCGGAUAUAACGGAGGCCAGUUUGUCAUGGAAGUGGAUUUAUUUUUUACUCGAUUCUGUUUGACAGAUUCUUGGGCCACUGUUUUAUGGGCGUUGUUCUGUUUUCCGCCCUAUUUUAUCAUGAUGACUGAAAUGGCUACUGCCCAAACUCUAAUUUAUUAAUUUAUCACUGUGAUAUGUUUUAUUUUAUCAAACAUCAUAGAUAUAUUUUUAGAACUUUUAUGUGACAUUAUUCGAUUAUUUUAUUUUAAUUCUAGAUUUAGAUCAUAGACGAUAUUUUAUUUGUAGAUUUAGAC